UGUGCGUGUGUGUGGUUUUUUGGGUUUUUUUUUUUUUUGCAUGGAAGGGGGGGUGAGCAGAGAGUCGGUGGUUUCCAUGGUGAUGGAGCUGAAAGUGCAGGAAAUUUAAAGGCUUUGGAUCCUUGCAAAGCAGACAAACUGGUGCCAACGUGCGCGGCCGCCGUGCAGAGCGGCGGAGAGGAGCCUGCGAGAGGAGCCCGGCCGGGAAGCAUUUGCAAAAAAGGAAAGCGCUGGGGUGGUGGUGGAGGUGGGGGGGGGGAAGAAGAAGAAGAAGAAACCCCCCUCCUCCCCCCAAAAGACCCCCCCCUACACACACACCCCUCCAGCUGCCGCCGCCUCGUGCUGCAGCAGGCGCGGGACGGAGCCCGCUCGCGGGCAGCGCCGGAGGAGAGGCUGCGAGCGCGGGGCGGGGGGGGAGCCUUGUUGGGGGGCCGGGGGCGCCCCGUCGGGACGGGCGGCUCGGCUCUCCCCCCCCCGGCCGCGGUGGCGGAUGCAGUUGGCUGCCCCCGAGGAUGGAGCACAACCAGUGCCUGGCCACCAUCUACGCCUUGGCGGUGCUGCUGGGGCUCCGCAUGGGGCAGGGCGCCUGCCAGCACUACCUGCACAUCCGCCCGGCGCCCAGCGACAACCUGCCCCUGGUGGACCUCAUCGAGCACCCGGACCCUAUCUUUGACCCCAAGGAGAAGGAUCUUAACGAGACCUUGCUCAGGAGCCUCCUGGGCGGGCACUUCGACGCCAACUUCAUGGCCACCGCCGUGCCCGAGGAGCGGCUCGGGGGGGACGACCUGGCCGAGCUGGACUUGCUGCUCCGGCAGAGACCCUCGGGGGCGAUGCCCAGCGACAUCAAAGGGCUGGAGUUUGCCGACGGGCUGCAGCCGGGCAAGAAGCACCGGCUGAGCAAGAAGCUGCGCAGGAAGCUGCAGCUGUGGCUCUGGUCGCAGACCUUCUGCCCCGUGCUCUACACCUGGAACGACCUGGGCAGCCGCUUCUGGCCCCGCUUCGUCAAGGUGGGCAGCUGCUACAGCAAGCGGUCGUGCUCCGUGCCCGAGGGCAUGCUGUGCAAGCCGGCCAAGUCCGUGCAUUUGACCAUCCUGCGCUGGCGGUGCCAGCGGCGGGGCGGGCAGCGCUGCGCCUGGAUCCCCAUCCAGUACCCCAUCAUCUCGGAGUGCAAGUGCUCCUGCUAGGGACACGUGUGGACCCGGCCCGCUUUCUGCCCCGCGUUGUCAUGCACUGUACCGUGUAGGAGAAUGUAUAUGUGUGUGUGUGUGUGUAUAUAUGGCAGCCUUCUCGUUGACUAUUAAAAAAGGUCAGUAUUAUCCCGGCAAGUCCUCAGCGUCCGCUGUAUAUUUGUGAGCUCCGGGUCCUGGCUCGGGGCUCUCUUUCUCCCGGGUCUUCAUGCUCCCCAGACGGAUGACUUUUUUUUUUUUAAUUAUUAUCAUUAUUAUUUUUAAUUUAAUAAAAGGUGUUUGGAGAGGGGGGAGGGAUUUUUUUGAUAAAGGAAAAGCCCAGGCUGAGAAGAGAAGUUUUUGAAGCGAUGUGCCGCUGCACGUGUGCGCGCGCGGGGGAGGUGGGGGGGGUUGUUUCUGAUGGACUUCAGAGUUUAAACACACACACACACAGAAGAGGACACACACACACACACACAUACACAGAGAAGAGGAUGAAGGCUUUGAUGGCUGGCAAGGAAGAGUGUCUAUUUAUUCUUGCUAUACCCCCGUAGUCCAAGGGCAGCGCGGGAUUAAAAAUCGACCACUAAAAUAAUCCGAGCUGGGCUGCUUGUGUGUGCUUUGUGGCUGGGUUGUUUGCUCCCCGCCCGGCGCGUGUCGCCGCUGGACAUGUCACCUCCACGGGCCACGCGUGUCUCGCACCGGCCCGGCGCCGUCGCGGGUGGGCUGCCCCUCGGGGCUCCGCCGUGCCCGGGCUGGGAGGCGGCAGGAGGCGCGCACGUGCUCCCUGCCCCUGCCCCCGAGCCGCCUCCACGUGCUGCAGCCGGGGCCUGAUUGACCUUGCAAUCAAAAGCCCCUUCUUCAAGUUUCCCCUUCCCAGGCACUGGGUGCCUGCUCCUGUCCCGGCUCCCGCCCUGCCCAGCGCCUCCGCCGCCGCGCUGCUUCUCAUCCCCCCCCAAAAAAGCAAGCCCCAGAGAUCUGGGGACAUUUGGGGUAUUCAUUAACCUCGCGAAGAGGAACAGCGGCAUUAUUACUCACCUCGGAGGCGCCCUGCCCCCGACACUAUCUGAGGGUUCAUUGUAAAAGGAUUAAAAGUUAAAGACCUUCAUCUUAUGAUUCUUGCAUUUAAUCUUCGUGGCGCCUGAAAGACAUGCUGAAUGGAUGAUCACAUUUAAAAUAUUCCCAAUGUCGGCUACCUUCGGACUCCGGGGCAGGGCAAACACACGUAAUUUAUUUCUAGAAGAAAGGGGAUAUUGAGAUGUUUUAAAGUUUUCUGAACCACCGGCCCCAUGUCUAUUUGUUAGGUUCUGACAAAUACCCAAAUAACAUUGAAAUCAGCCAUUCAUCACAGAUGAAUUUAUGCAAAACCUUCUGCGCCCGGGGCCAAUAUUUUUUUAGACACCGUUUCACUUGCAAAAAAAAAAAAAAAGCCAAAAGCAAGAGUUUUUCAUGACGGGUAAACACGAGAAUUAUGUGAACAGAAACUAUUUCAUGCUGGGAUGGCAGCCAGGGACUUGGGAAUGUCAACAAAAGUUCCCCGAAGGUUGAACAUGUCACUGGAUUACAAUAAGACGUCCUUUCCCCUGUUAGCAAACCUCACUGAAGGACUAUUCCCACUAGCUACCUUCUCUUCUCACCCAGUCAUGCAGAGGUCUGUAAUUGCUGCAGUUACUGCUGGGACUUCAUGCAGACACUGCUUCUGACUCUUGGUUAAAGGUUAAAAUGACUCUACCUGUGUGUGCUACAUGCAUGUUAUUUUUAACCUGACUGUAUUCCUGCAAUCAGUGAACAGAUAUAGCAUAUAGUAUAUAUUCCUUCUUAUUAAUAGCUCCCUAUUAUUAAUAAACUCUUGGGGGUGUUAUAUCCAAGAAAGGCAAAAAGAUGCA